AUGCCCAUUAUUGCUUCUCUAGUACGCUCAUGGCUUGGCGUACCAGCCUCUGAUAACGCAACCGCGCCCGAGGAAACUACCCCAGUGCCUCAAACUCUACCAACCCCUUCAGAAGCGUCAACUUCAGCAACUUCCUCUUCAACAAUCUUACAACAAACAUCACCAAUAGUUACACGACCAGAACCAUCAUGGAACCGUUCAUUGAAACAGUUCGGCCUGCUACUUAGUGGUGCAGGAUUCCUCGCUGCAUCUGUGGCUGUAUCACGACGCUCAGUGCUACGCAUGCGGCGUAGUUCCAUGCCCAAAUUCUACUCUUCAAACCGUCAGCUGGCCAAGUUCGACGCAGAAGACCGGUCUUUUCUUGCGGCUCAAGCCCUGGGACUUGCCACGCUCAACGUCAUGAGUUUUGGCGUGUUGUUAGUCGGAGGGAUCUCGUGGGCAUAUGAUCUUUCGUCAAUCGAGGAGUUGCAACAACGGACUCGGGCAGUCACACGCAGGCCUGGGGCAAUGAAUCCUGAGGAGGAGAAGGCAAUGGAGGAGAUGAUGGAAGACCUCAUGGGUAAGCUGGGAAUGGAGAAGCCGCAGAAGCCUUCAGACGUUCCGAGCGAGGAUGAAAAAUAG